GUUAUUUGAAGCCGGCCCAAUAAACCAUCCCUCUCUAUCUCAGCAAAAGCGGGAAAAAGAAAUAGCUCCUUCCACUCGCUGAGAGGCCAUGGCGCCAGAAUUGCAGAGCUCGCAGCCAUGGGUUGAGAAAUAUCGGCCGAAGCAAGUGAAGGAUGUGGCUCACCAGGACGAGGUCGUCCGUGUCCUCACCAACACUCUCGAGACCUCUAAUUGCCCACACAUGCUCUUUUAUGGUCCACCUGGUACUGGCAAAACUACAACCGCAUUGGCCAUCGCUCACCAGCUUUUUGGGCCUGAACUCUACAAGUCCAGGGUUCUGGAGCUAAAUGCAAGUGAUGAUCGUGGAAUCAAUGUUGUUCGGACUAAGAUCAAGGAUUUUGCUGCUGUGGCUGUACGUUCUGGUCAGCAUGGAGGGGCUUAUCCUUGUCCACCUUAUAAGAUCAUUAUACUAGAUGAAGCGGAUUCAAUGACUGAAGACGCUCAGAAUGCCCUGAGACGUACAAUGGAAAGUUACUCCAAAAUUACAAGAUUCUUUUUCUUAUGCAAUUAUAUCAGCAGGAUCAUAGAACCUCUUGCUUCGAGAUGUGCCAAAUUCAGGUUCAAGCCACUUUCGGGAGAAAUUGUGAGCAACCGCAUAUUGCACAUUUGCAACGAAGAAGGCCUUAGUUUGGAUGCAGAGGCUCUUUCAACCUUAAGCUCUAUAUCACAAGGUGAUCUUCGUCGGGCUAUCACAUACUUGCAAGGAGCUGCUCGCUUAUUUGGCUCAACAAUUUUGUCCAAGGACCUUUUGAGUGUGUCUGGGGUCAUUCCACAAGAGUUUGUAGAUGCACUUUAUGCAGCAUGCAAAAGUGGGGACUUUGAUUUGGCAAACAAGGAGGUCAAUAAUGUAAUUGCAGAAGGCUAUCCAGUCUCUCAGAUGCUUGUUCAGUUGUUUGAUGUAGUGGUUGAAGCAGAUGAUGUAUCGGAUGAACAGAAAGCUCGAAUAUGCAAGAGUUUGGCUGCAGCUGAUAAGUGUCUUGUUGACGGCGCAGAUGAAUACUUGCAGCUGCUGGAUGUGGCCAGCAACACAAUGCAGGCUCUCUGUAACAUGCCGCAAGAAUUCUCUUAUGAGAGUUAGGUAGCAUUGUAGUUCAGAUUGAGGUGCAGCAUAUAUUGAGAUCUUGUAUGAUAACUUGGUUUGCUUUUGCAAAAUGUUCUCUUUUGUUAAUGAAGUUAUCACAAACUUUAUGUUAGUAAACAAAGGACCCUGUGCUCGUAAAUCUUUUGAUUCUUGAUUAAUAUGAUUAGGGUACUUCAGCAG